UUUAUUGUUAUGAAAAUAAAAUAAAGAACUUGUGGUCUCUGUUCCUUCAACCUCCAUUUUUAGCUCUCUCUCGCCGCUGUCGUUCUCUCCGAGAAGCUUCCCUUUCUUCCACCGUAUUUUCACCUUUAUCUCUCCCAUGGCGGCCAGCCUCUCUGCCGUCUUAGGGCCCAAACCAUUCCAUGUCUUCCUUACUUCCUCCAAUCUCUCCCCUAAACCUCGAACUCCGUUGCUGUUUCCAUCUUCGGUCUUCCGGAACAGUAGAAUCCAAUGGAAGAUGCGGAGAAAAACGCUGCUCACCGUCUGCGUGCUCGUUGAGGAUCAGAGUAGUUCCAGCGAGGUGGAAAAUCUCGCAGAUGAAAAAUUACUGAUUAUAGUCCCGCAGAUCCCAUCGCCUCAUGUUGCAGAGAAAUUAGCGAGGAAGAAAUCGGAGCGCUUCACUUAUCUUGUUGCUGCAGUUAUGUCUAGUUUUGGAAUUACUUCCAUGGCUGUCAUGGCAGUUUACUACCGAUUUCACUGGCAAAUGGAGGGCGGAGAGAUUCCUUUCUCUGAAAUGUUUGGUACAUUUGCUCUCUCCGUUGGUGCCGCUGUCGGCAUGGAGUUUUGGGCAAGAUGGGCACAUAGGGCUCUCUGGCACGCUUCCUUGUGGCAUAUGCACGAGUCUCACCACAAACCAAGAGAAGGACCGUUCGAAUUGAACGAUGUUUUCGCUAUAACCAACGCCGUGCCCGCCAUAGCUCUCCUCUCUUACGGCUUCUUCCAUAAAGGCCUCGUCCCUGGUCUCUGCUUCGGCGCUGUAAAUCUCUCUCUCUCUCUCGCAAUCUUUCCGAAUCUGAGUCUGUUUCAUAUCCUAACUAAUCACUUGGGGAUUAGCGCUAAUUACGGGCCUUGGAAUUACUGUGUUUGGGAUGGCCUACAUGUUCGUCCACGACGGUCUCGUUCACAAAAGAUUCCCUGUGGGUCCCAUUGCCAACGUGCCCUACUUCAGAAAGGUCGCUGCUGCUCACCAGCUUCAUCAUUCGGAAAAGUUAAACGGUGUUCCGUACGGGCUGUUUUUGGGUCCAAAGGAAUUAGAGGAAGUGGGAGGCCUAGAAGAAUUGGAGAAGGAAAUCAACAGAAGAAUAAAAUCCACGGCCAAAAAACCAAUCAACGGUUCUUGAUUAACCAGUCACCAGAGGGCCCCACUAUUGAUGUGAAGUAAAAAUGAGAAGGAAAAAAGAAGAAAAAAAAGAAACCCUCCUCUAGCAGUAACUUUGAUAAUUAAAAAGUGAAAGUUUAGAUCACUGCCUCCUUUUCCCCCCUAUUUUUUACUGUACGAGGCAAAAGGGUAGAAUAAUGAGAUGGUAAAUUUGGUAGGAA